AUGGACACUGCUGCUCACGACGGUCAUUUUGUGGGGAUCAAUCCUCCCGAUCCAUUCGCGGCUCCUCGCAGGUUUUGGCCGACGCUCAUAAACGCCAUCCUUGCGACAGCACUCUUCAGAUGUUGGCACAUUCUCAUCUUCUUCGGCGGUUGGUCGACCGCCAUAUCGUGCAUCAACGCGCUCACACACCAUAAGCUGGUCAUCCAGCCCACCCUUCUUACUGUAAAACGGCUUGAAUCUGGCCGUAAAGGGAUGUGUCUGCGUAAAGGACCAACCCUCGGUACUGUGCUUGGUUUCGUCAUCUCGUAUAGAACGACAUCCAGUUUCGAACGAUACAACGAAGGGAGAAGGUACUGGUCGCAGAUCGUUCUAGCGAGUAGAACCUUUGCGCGUUUAGUAUGGUUCCAUGUCCCUGACACGAUGGCGAUCGGCCCUGACUCAAUGCCUGCCGACGAGAAAAAAGCGCGUGUCAUCAUCGAGAAGAAGACAGUCCUCAACCUUGUGGAGGCAUUCAGCGUCGCUGUAAAGCACUACCUGCGCGGCGAGGAAAGUAUCUAUUACGUCGACCUGUACCACUUGGUCAAAUGUCUGCCGGCUUACGCGCUCCCUGCCGGCUUGCCCUCGGCCGUCGACUUGACCUCCGAACUCCCAACCUCACCGAAAUCGCCCUCGGUUCGUUCGCCUUCCAUCCACCAUCGGACAUCGGACAUCCGCAGUAUCACAAGCCACCGCACCUCUAUAUCGCACCCAAAUAUUCGUCUGUCUGAAUCCGGUCAAUCACGAUCGCCAUUUCCACCUAUGCCGACCAUUCCGUCGUCCGUAUCUGAGCCGCAGCUUCCUCUUCCCGUCACGGCCCCUGGCGGAAAAGCGACUUUCUUGGAGCCCAUCAUGACCAAUGGAAGACCGAGUAUCAGUCAGAGUGCGAUUCGAAGUGGCAAGGACUCUAUCUUUGGUGAAGAGCUUCUGCCUGCUCGCAUGCCGCCAAAGUACCACCUCUUCGACUUGUUCCCCUUCUCGCUCUUGGUCAAGAUGUUGACGAAGCGGGGAAAGGAAGUAAAAGGCAAGAAGGGCGCCAGGUUGAGGGCUAAAAUGCGCAACCGCAACGUCACUCACAACUUGCCCUUGGAGAUAUCGUUAUACCUUGCCCGCAAGGCGAUUGAUCCGCCCACGACUACCAUGUUGAUCACCACACUGAAUCAGCUUGUUGAUGCUCUGACUGGUCUAGAGAGGAUUUUGACAACACCUAUUCCCUUCUCAUAUUCCAUUCAUCUAUGGUCUGUUACCAUUCUUUAUUGCCUCGCCUUGCCAUUUCAACUUUGGGGUACCUUGAAAUGGGUCACCAUCCCCGGAACAACCGUUGCGAGCUUUAUCUUUUUUGGCUUCCUCGUAGCCGGUGAAGAGAUUGAAAAUCCUUUCGGCUAUGACAAGAACGAUCUCAACAUGGACCACUUCACGAACAACAUCAUCCGGAAUGAGUUGCGUGCAAUCACCGCUACCCCCGCGCCCAACCCCGCAGACUGGGCAUUCUCGUCGUCCAACGACCACAUCUUCGCCGAUAGGAGUGACCAUCCGGACCGCGUCUCCCCGGAAGAGUGGAUCAAUCGUGGUCUUUUUAGCAUACAGAAUGCGCUCGCGCGGGGCUAA